AUGCAUCAACCUGGGCACAUUGACAAAGUUAUGAAGAAACACACUUCUCAAGAGGUAAAGAAGAAUAUAACUCGAGUGAAGACCUCAAUAGAUGUUGUUCGUUAUCUAGCAUUGCAAGGGGUUGCUUUUAGAGGUCGGGAUGAGAUUGAUGAUACAAAGAACCCUGGUAACUUUAUUCAGUUGCUCAAAUACACACGUUUUUAUAAUGAAGAAGUAAAUAGUGUGGUGUUGGAGAAUGCUCCGAAGACUGCAAAAUACACAUCUCAUGAGGUUCAGAAGCAAAUCUUGCAUGUUUUAGCUAAGAAGAUCAGGAAGCAAAUUUUUGAAGACAUUGGAGAUUCUAAAUACUCAAUCAUUGUAGAUGAGGCAAGUGAUGAAAGUAGGCACGAACAAAUGGCCAUCAUUCUUCGCUUUGUUGAUGCUAAAGGAUUUAUUCAAGAGCGGUUCCUCAAUCUAGUUCAUGUCAAAGACACGACAUCAAAAACUUUGCACUCUGCUAUUAGCUCAACUCUUGCUUCCUUUAAGUUUUCCCUUCAUAAUCUUCGUGGACAAGGAUAUGACGGUGCUAGUAACAUGCGUGGUGAAUGGAAAGGAUUGCAAGUACUCUUUUUGAAGGAUUUUACUCAGGCGUAUUAUGUGCAUUGUAUGGCUCAUCGUCUUCAACUAUCUUUGGUUGCAGCAUCUAGAGAAGUCGAUAGGGUAAAUGAGUUUUUCACAAAGUUACCAAGAGUUGUGACUGCUAUUACUGGUUCCACAAAGCGCCUUGAUGAGUUAGAAGAGUUUCAAGGAGAUGAUUAUGCUCAAAAGCUAGAAUCAGGUGAAAUCGAGACAGGAAAAGGUGCAAAUCAGAUUCGGAAUGUACAACGAGCUUGUGAUACACGAUGGAGUUCACAUUUGAGUUCUGUAGCUAGCCUUAUCCAUUUGUAUGGUCCAAUUUGUCGUGUUUUGGAGAACAUAAGCAAUGAUUGUGCUCACUACAAAACAAGGGGGGAUGCUAGUACAGCUUUGAGAACUAUGGAAUCAUUCGAGUUCAUAUUCAUUUUGCAUAUGAUGAAGGAGAUACUAAGCACCACAGAUUUGCUUUGCAAAGCUUUGCAACGUAAAUCUCAAGACAUUGUAAAUGCAAUGAGGGCGGUGGAGACUACUACAAAGUUGUUGAACCAAAUGAGGAAUGAAGAUUGUGAUUCUUUGUUAGCAAAAGUCAAGUUGUUUUGUGAAAAACAUGGUAUCAAUGUUCCCGAUCUUAGUGCUCCACAUUACGAAAGUCGACGACGACGAGAUGGCAUCACAAAUGAUUAA